AUGGCGAAUCCAUUUCUAAUGGACGAUCUGAAUGUUGGGGACACUCAAGUGUCCUCCAACAGCACAAGUUUCAAUCCUUUCCUUUCUAACACUAUGGAUUUUACGGCAUCAAACAUUGAAAAUCCUUUCAUGAGCACUCUCAACAAUGCCGCCUCAGCGAAUACAAACCCAUUCGCUUUUACUACAGAGAGUAGUGAUAUGACUUCCGAUUUCUUCAGCUCUCCAGCUCCUGACGCGGGAAUUGCUCAGAGCACUUCCCAAAACUACGAAAAUAUUUUCGCUUCAGCUGCCCCGACUGCUCCAACCAGCACAGCUAACGGAACAGCAAACGACUUUUUCGGUAGUUUCGCUGAACCUACGCAACCACCUCCUCCACCCGCCCCAACAUAUAGUUCUGCUAGAUCCUCUAUAGAUCACACAGCUCAUUUUGUAAAUGAAAAUGUAAAUUUGUUCGGUGUAGACCCAAUUGAAAUGUCUAGUAGUAGAGAAGGUUCAGGAACUAAUACCCCUAGAGGAGCACCUCCAAGACGACCACCUCCUCCAAGGCCAGGGAUGCCACCAUCUAAGGAAACAAAAGAUUUAAUAUUGAGUGUAACAGGAGCAAUGGAGGCUACAUCGUCCCACUUGUUAGACAGGCUGCAAGCCACGAGGACCCCAAGUCCGACACCAAUGAGGGACUUGAACUCGCCGAGUCCUACACCAGAUAUGUUUGGUGAUUUCCUAGAUGUAGAAAAUGUACAUAAAGAACCAACACAGCCAGUUCAAGAAGUUAAUCUCUUAGGUGAUAUGGACGAUUUUGAAGCCUCCGUUAUGACAGCGUCUCCUGUGCACAUGGUGCCCAUCGCACCAGCCCCAACCUCAGUGCCUCCCGUAGUCCCUGUCAGUCCAGCAGCACAUCCUUCCCCAGUUGCUCCACUAGCGCAUCCUUCUCCAUUUGCCCCAACAGCUCAUCCUCCCCCGGUUGUUCCUGCAGCACAUCCUCCCCCAUUGCCUCCUGUUGCAGGCCCACCCCCCAAACCUCCACCACCAAAACUGCCCCCAGAACGACCAAAGCCACCCCCACCUCCGAUAAUCCAGCAGAUCCAGCCAGUUCAGCAAGUACAACAAAAUAUUUUUGAUCUACCUGAGGCCCAGCCACCUGCUCCUGUGACGACCAAUACGACAAUAUCUUCAGAAACACAACCAUCGAGUAUUCAAGAGCAAGAAGACUUCUUUGGUUCUAAACCUGCGGAAAGUAUUCUUUCACAACACGCUUCACCUGAUACAAGUGUUUUUGGAAGAGAUACCACGGUGUUUCCUGAUGAACGGAAAGGAUCGGAAGAGUUUACAUCUGUCUUCGAUGCUCCAACAGCAAGAGAGGAAAUCACGCAAGGUUUACCUGCUGUUACAGCAGAGAUUCCAGAAGACAAGCCCGCUCAACCUGUCUUUUCAACUUCAGCAUUCGAUGAACCCCGCCAAGAACCACCCUUCCCGACAUCACCUUUUGAGCAACCGAAAACUGAAGAAGUGUCUAGUUUUGCGUCUGGUUUCGAUUCUGGUUUUGAUUCGGAAAUGAACAUCUCAGUCAUAGAAAACCCACCUGCACCUGAGUUAUCUAUGUUUGGUGCUCCUUCGAGUCAAGCAAAUGAUUUAUUCUUAAACGAGUCUGAUUCAUUAUCAUUUCAACCUCAGACUGCAGAUCUGUUCGCACCUCAGGAAACAGUCCUUCACACAACCCCCGUGGUUCCCUCUCAGCCUUUUAACAUUUUUGGAGACUCCGCUCCGAAGCCUGUUGAUGAUUUUGAUGCCUUUUCUGCCAAGUUUGAAAGCGUAGGAAUGGGAGAUAAAAACGCAAAUGUUGCAGCAGAUCCUUUCGGAGAUCCAUUCAGCUCAUCACCAUUCGGACCACCUAAGGUGGAAGGAGACGCCUCUAUGGGAUUCGGAGCAGACGACAAUUUCGACUCAUUCCUCGCUGCCCAGGAGCCUCCGCCCGUACCGCAGAGUACUCCCGCCAGAUUCAGCAGAGGGGAAUCAGCUGAUUCUGAUGACAAGGAGUUCAGUAUAUUUAUCAAGCCCAAGCAGGCUGGUGAUGUAGGAGGAGUCACACCCGCACUUGCCCCUCCCCCUAAGAGCCCCGUCAACGCCUUCCAGGACUCCAGCCCUCGAUUCAACCCCUUCGACAAGAGCCAAGAGAUCCCCGCACAAGUCACCGAGACUAUCUUCGCACAACCGGCCUCGCUGCCUCUAGCGGAAGACAAGACGCUGGAGAGGACAGACUCCCAGGAGACGCCUCCGACGCCGCUGUUUGACGAGGACGUCUCUCAGCCUCUGGAACCCUUCCCCAGGAUACACUACACGGGACUAGGAUGGGAGAUGCAGCUAAGGCAGCCGAACAAGAAGAAGAUCACGGGGCAAAGGUUCUGGAAGAAGGUGUUUAUGAAGCUAGUGUUCCAAGGAGAGAACCCUGUUCUUCAACUGUUCAACAACAAGGAUGACAAGGAUCCUUUCCAGGAGCUCCCAUUGCAGCCUUGUUACUCCGUGUCUGAUAUUGGGGCGCAGCAGUACGACGUGUACGGUAAGAUCUUCACGGUCAAGCUGCAGUUUAUCUUCUACAAGGAGCGACCAGGAGUACGACCAGGACAGGUGACCAAGGCUGAGAGGAUCACCAACAAACUCAGCAAGUUCGCUGCAUACGCCAUCCAGGGCGACUACGAGGGCGUCAAGGAGUUCGGGAGUGACCUGAAGAAGCUUGGUCUACCCGUGGAACACGCACCGCAGAUUUCCCAGCUGUUCAAGAUAGGCUCUCAGAACUAUGAAGACAUGAAGCAGUUCAGCGUUUGUAUCGAGGAGGCGCUGUUCCGGUUGCCAGCUCACCGUGAUCGCGCUCUCAAUUACAAGAUGGAAGAGGUACAAAUAACCGCCGUGGACGAGCUGUGGGUGGACCAGAACAAGAGUGGAGGAAUUGUCAAGCAGAUAGCCAGGGUUCGACUGUUCUUCCUCGGAUUCCUGUCAGGUAUGCCGGACGUGGAGCUGGGUGUAAACGACCUGGUCCGGCAAGGCAAGGAGGUGGUUGGCAGACACGACAUCAUCCCUGUGGUCACCGAGGAGUGGAUCAGACUGGAGGCGGUGGAGUUCCACAGCUGUGUGCAACAGGACGAGUAUGAGAGAACGAGGACCAUCAAAUUCAAGCCCCCGGAUGCUUGUUACAUAGAGCUGAUGAGGUUCAGAGUGCGCCCUCCUCGCAACAGGGAGUUGCCUCUACAGCUGCGGGUCACCAUGUGCAUAACGGGAAAUAAGGUUGACCUCCGUGCCAACGUGUUGGUCCCUGGGUUCUCCAGCAGAAAACUUGGCCAGAUUCCUUGUGAGGACGUUUGUAUUCGCAUCCCUAUUCCAGAAUGUUGGAUCUACCUCUUCCGUGUGGAGAAGCACUUCCGAUACGGCUCAGUCAAGUCUGCACAUCGGAGGACGGGCAAGGUGAAGGGUCUGGAGCGUUUCCUCGGCGCAGUGGACAACCUGGAACCACAGUUGAUGGAGGCGACAUCAGGAGUCGCUAAAUACGAGCAUCAGCACCGAGCUAUCGUAUGGAGGAUCCCUAGACUACCCAAGGAGGGUCAGGGAGCCUACACACAACACGACCUGGUGUGCCACAUGGCUCUCACCUCGUACGACCAGAUACCCGAGGAGUUUGACCGAUUCUGCUGGGUGGAGUUCACAAUGCCGGUUACCCAGGUGUCUCACACCACUGUGAGAUCUGUGUCCAUCAAUGACAGCGAUAGUGAUACUCCGCCGGAGAAAUAUGUACGGCAGCUGGCAAGGCACGAGUAUAGAGUGGAGAUAGAGUUCACACAGGGCGAAGGCCCAGGUGACUACAUAGCUGCCACCUCCGUCGCCAAGCCUGCGCCUAUAGCAGAGGAACCUCGCCCUCCACCACCGCCUGCCGCCGCUGAGAGCGACAGCGACUCUUCAAGCUAAGCUCACUCCCCUUUCUGUCUGUGUCUACUGAGUGUCUUACUGUACCCGAAUCAUCUCUUGGAACCUUUCUCGUCUGUAUUCGUGGAAAAGACUGUACAAACUGUUUGUAACUGACUGUACUUAUAAGUCUUGUCGUAUCUAUCAGCUUGUAAAUGUAACUGUUCCGUAGUAUAGGUGAAUACUUGUGAAUGUGUCUCAGUACAUGUUUACUUUGGCUGGGAUGACAUGAUUCAAUGGACAAUACUAUGCAUACUAAGCUUUGUACAUAUCUAGCCUCCCCUUAGGCUUGUAUAGUAAACUUAAGUUGAGAGCUGGUUUUAGGACUCACAAAUUUCGUUGUGUACGCUAGUCGCUAGCUUAGACAUAUCGUUUUCGUGUGAUAUUCGUUUUUAUAUGAAUUGUGCGAACCCUUCGUGUAUUCAUUGGUGUGUUGUAAAUCAUUCUGUAAUUUUUUAAACAUUAUUUUUGGAUUGCAGCUCCUUGUGGUUAGUCAAAAUUUUAAACCGUUUUCCGUAUAUCAGACCAAGAGUUGUUUUAACCAUUAAAAAUCGCAUUUGUCAACAACAACUGGUAGGUUUUAUGGAUUCUUAGCUAUUCAUAGUUUAAACUUAAUUUUAUUCAGUUGAAUAUUAACUUUACAUGAUUGCGGACCAAUUCAAUGGUUGUUAGUGUGAGAUUUGAAAUGAUAAAAACGAAUUUAGCUUGGAAUUAGUGAAAUCUUUAAGACUAUAGUUCAUUUCCGGUUCUUUAGUGGGGUGUAGAAAUAACCCAAAUGCUUAAGAAUAGAUCGGUUUUAUGCCAGCAUAGAGAAUAGCCAAGGUUGCUUAUAAUUAGAGGUGAAUUGACAGAAUUCAUUGACAAGUGCUUUACAGCAGGUUUUUUUCCUAUAGUUGAAGAGUUAUGUAAGUGGCUAGAAUAUGGUUUUAUAGCAAUAAUAAGGAAUGAAUAUAUAAACUUUAAUUGUAUGUCUUUAGCGAAUUGAGUGUUGAAACAUUGUUAUAUAGUACAAUUAUGGUUACGAUGGCUAGCAGCCAUUUUGUUUUGAACACGGUUCUUAUAGAAGUUGAGCAACAUAUCUUUGCAAUUGAUUAUUUACAUACUUUUGCUAACCGAUAGAAUGUUUUUAUUUUAACUUUCUACUCUUGUUUGUCAUUUACAAGGUACAAUAAACUACUCUUAAAAUUUAGUGAUAUAUUCUUCUUACGAAACUAUUUGGGUAGACUUCCGUAUCUGUUGGCACAAACAACCGAACGAAAUUAUCGAUUAUUCGAGUGUUUCAUUCGAUAUAUUGAUCGAUAUUUUCAUUCGGUCGUUUGUGUCAACAGAUACGAAAGUCUACCCAACUAUUUCACUGAGCCAUCUAGAUCUUGACUUUUGUGUUUAUGGUCUUUACACUUAAAACAUUCGUUUGGCUAUUAGUCUUUUGGCACCUUAGCGGAAAUAAGUUGCUCAAUAUUUUAUUGAUUUUGUAAUUGAUCGCAUACAUAACCGAAUGUAUUCGACGACGUGGAAUAAAGUUACCUGCCCGUGUAAUGUAUCAGUAUCUUUACCCGUUGGCGACAGCCAUUGGUAGUUUGGUACUGAUGGUAAGCGGUAUUUCAAUGUGUACCCUCAUAGACCAACUCUUACUUUGUCCCACACAACGCAGAUGAUGUAUUCAUAUUCGGUAGAGUAGAUUAAAUUAGAUCCUAGAUGAUACUUUGCAGCCUUUUUAUCUUAACGUGAAAACACUCAUGAGUUGUUUCAGUUCAAAGCCUGUAAACUCACAACUUAGUCAGCAAGGUAGGUAUUUAUACUUCCUAAUCUAAAAAAGAAAAAAGAAAACUCGUAGGAAAAAUUACUAUUUUUUCUACAGUCACCUGACAAAGUUGGCUUCCUUGCACUGAUUAUAGUAGAGAAAGCUGCUAAUUGCUGCAUUUAUUUACUUUGUUGCAUCGUUUAUACUUUGUCGCUCGGCUUAUACUUAGACGCACACCAGUAUUCCAACCAAACAACACAAAACAGCGUGGUUUUACUAUACAAGUAAACCGUGUACGCUUGGAAAUAGGUUGGCAACACAACGAGCAUACGAACUGUUUUCUUUUUGGAGCUUAAGUUACAAAAUUACUUGUUUAUUAUGUUUUAGCGAAUUUCCCUAUAGGGAAGUAGCUAUUACCGUAGGUGGCACGGUAAGACCUAGGCCCGGGACCGAUUUACUUUUUC